UAAACAAAAGCCAUCUGUCACUCUCAAUAAAUCUCCAAUUGCAGGUUUACAUUAGGUCAAGACAAUAUGCAACAGCUUUUCAUUUGUAGAUUAACAUGAAGUAUUCCCGACUUACAGUAACUGAGGCACUAAACUGCUUGGCAGUUAUCCCAGAGGUUGUGGGAAAUCCCACUGUUUCUAAAUAUGGGCAUCUUUCUUCCUCCACAUCCUCUACUUUCCUGUUUAGAGAGAAAAGAAACUGUUGGGUAUCAGAGCCAACCAAUGAGAAGCUGCUCCACUCAAGUUUCCAACCAAUGACAUUUCAGACGUAGAGAGUAAAAGUAACCCAGAAAGAGUACAAAAGGGAUGGAUGCUUGCUGGUUUGGUUAGCAGACAUGUGGUACUACAGAGUGCAGAGCUUGACAGAGAAACCAGGAGACAUGAAGCUGCUGCUAGAAAAAGUCAAAGUGCUUUAUUUUGCCAGUAACUGUGUGGAGCCGUAUGUUGAGAUUAUCACAGUGAAGGACUCCAAGCGACGUUUGAGUCUGUGCAGCUCGGAGGGCUCCGAGGCAGAGGAGCCCGAGGACCAGGAGGAAGUUAACCUCCCUGUCCUUGGUGACCACAGCCAGCUGCUGGAUGAACACCACCUGAAGAGACUUUCUACUCAGAUUCCAGCAAGGACCCAGGGGUAUACAUGGCAACUGGUCUACAGCACAGCUAUCCACGGUAGCAGCCUGAAGACUCUGUACAGGAAUAUGGCUGAUCUGGACAGUCCUGUGCUGCUGGUCAUCAAAGACAUGCACAAAAAGGUGUUUGGGGCCUUUUCUUCCGAACCGUUCAGAGUCAGUAAAUACUGCUACGGCACUGGAGAAACCUUCCUGUUCAGCUUCAACCCUGACUUCCAGGCGUACAGGUGGAGUGGUGAGAACUCCUAUUUUGUGAGCGGCAACCUGGAAUCUCUGGCGAUUGGAGCAGGAGGGGGCGGAUUUGGCCUGUGGCUGGAUGAUGAUCUAUACCAUGGUUCAAGCUUUUCCUGUCCCACCUUCCACAAUGAGUCUCUCUCCUCACAAGAAGACUUCAUCGUACAAGACCUCGAAGUCUGGACUGUGCAGAACUGAGGGAGAACAUCUGACAAGAUGAGAUGAAAACAAAGUAGAACCCACUGGACUGUCAGGAGUUACAAAACUUCUAGACUUCAAGGACCAUGGGUGAUUUAGCCACACUGUACAAAACCUGAUAGGGCAGUUUCUAUCAUCUGUGCAUCUGGCUCAGAUUAGCCAAUAGUAUGAAGCCUGCUCUAGUGGUUCUUGGGCUGGACUUUCUCUUUAUACUGGUUUGAACCGCGCCUGUUAACAAGUGGCUGGAUGAAAUCCUGAAAUUCAGGGUUGGCUAUUCAUCAGUAGCCCCUUGCUAAGCACAGUAAGUAACUAGCAUGUGAAGCUUUAAGCCCUUCAGUGCUCUCCCUUGGCUGUGGACGUUAUAAUACAAAGCUCACAGUAGCACUGGUGGAUAAAAAAAAGUCUGUAACAACUGUAAGCACAUUAAUUUAAUUGAUAGAGACAGGAAAGGGAGGUGAGAGAGAGGGGAUAACACGCAGCAAAGGGCCAUAGGUCGGACUCGACCCUGGGCCGCCAAAACAGGGACGCUGGAGUGUUGGUACAUGGGGCGCCAGCUCUAACAGAUGAGCUUUCUAGGCACCCCAGGAAGUUUUCAUUUUCUGUCUAAAAACUGAGCAGGUUUGUGAAAAGUAUCUUUAAAGUAAAUCUUUAAUGUAAAGUAUCUUUAAGACCAAAAAAGUUUAGUAAUUAAUUUAUGGUAAAAACACUGAAACAUGAUAGGGCCCACAAUGGCCUAUCUGGACUAAUUGUACUAAGUGUUUUCUUACAUGAGGUCUGAUUUUAAUGUUCUCCUUUUUAAAACUACAGCUGCAGAUGGUGACCUAUCUACUCAGGUUCAAAAAUAAAAGUAUAGGGUUACACUAUAAACAAUUAUUAUCUGUGAUGUGUGCUGUUUGUGGAGGAAGGGACCUCAACUGUUAACUGUCAUUUCUGUUUUUGGAAAGUGACACACCUGCUGCCUAUUUGCCUAAAUGGAAAAUAUUUUAUUAAGAAAUAGAAAACAUUUUGAAUCUUUAAUUUUUUUUUAUUUUGCUAUCUAUCUAUUUAAAUGUAUUUAAGAAAAAAAAACAGAUAAGCAAAGCAAAAUUUCAUGUUGUUCCUGUUUGUCUGUUUGUUUUACAUUUCUUCAUGUUUGUGUGUAAAUCUGAGUCUGCCAGGCAGUGCUGGUACUGCCACUGUAAUUUUGUGGAACCACAUUAACACUUUUUCUUUCCUGGUGAAAGAUGAUGUUUUCAUAGCAUUCAUAUUUCAUUAUGAAUAAAUCCUUAAAACAACA